AUGGAACUCGUCAAUAUCCCGCCAAUCGUUUCUAUAUACCGGCAUGCUCUUCACACCUUCGAUGACAGGUACAAAAAUGAUCUUUUGAUUAAUUUGGAUAAACUGAGGUCUAUGAUGGACAUACUGAAAUCUGAGGACUUGGGCUAUGACGAUAACUUAAAAGACCAAGCGCUUUGGCGGCAACCCGAUAAAGCACCCUGUACAUACAUAGAAGUUUUUCAAAACAACCAAAUAAACAUGAGUAUUUUUGUUUUAAAACCGGGUUUUAAAAUGCCGCUCCAUGACCACCCACAUAUGCACGGCCUUCUCAAAGUGAUUUCUGGUGCUGUGAAAAUUAGAAGUUUUUCCGAGUACCCUCUAAAGCAGAAUGUCGAUCCCAUUGAGUUCCAAAGCAUUGCGAGGAAAGAAGCAGUGCGACUAGCGAGCGGCCACCACAAGCGACGGAAAUUAUAUGCUGAAGUCACCUGCGAAAAAGUUUGUUCUGAAAACUCCAGUACUUGUACAUUGACACCGACCGUGUCCAACUACCAUGAGUUGGAGGCACUCGACAUGCCAGCAGCCUUCUUUGACAUCCUCUCUCCACCCUACGACACAUUGAUAGAAGGUAUAGGACCAAGACGAUGCCGCUACUACUAUGUCUCCAAUGAAAUAAGCACCAACGUAGUGGAAUUGCAUGAAACUGAAGUGCCAAAAUGUUUCUACUGUGAUCAAGCACCGUAUUUAGGACCAAUACUUGGUUAG